AUGAGCAACAGGCUCAUGAACAGGUUCAAUAUCCUUCAAAGCGACCUACUGGCCAGUCAAGAUGCGGAAGGAGAAUCCGAUCUGAGCAGAGCGGGUCAGAGCACCGUUUGGGUCACCGCAACCAGCGGCAAGGGCGUCAAUAGGGAGUUAUGGAUGAGCACGAUGAGCAUUGCCAUGACCGUCUUUUUCGAUUGCAAGUGCUAUAGCGACCGCUACAACAAGUGCAGAGGGGAGCAAGAUCGCAUGCAGUGGACAUUUUACGGUCUGGCAACCAAUUCUUCAGCGAGCGCAAUGGCUUUCGAAAUGUGCUUCAAUCAGGCUCAGGUUUGGUGCUACGGAGCGAAAGACGCUUUCAAAGGUGCGCUAGCAAAGAAUUCAUACCUCACCGGCAUCGCCAACGGCUUGUACGACAUGGCUGAGGAUGAGAAGGAGGCGGAAGAAAAAGCGGCCAUUGCGCACGAGAAAGCGGAACGUUGCAAGCGCAUCAAGGAAGAAGAGAAGGCGCGGCGGAAAGAAGUGGAAAGAUUAGAGGCUGGUGAUAAAAAGGCCAAGAUUGAAGAUGAGGAGGAAGUGGAAGAAGAAGAAGAAGUAGUCUUUGUGGAGAUGCGCAAAGGCAAGGCGCCUGGCACCUAUGAUAACAACAUUCGCGUGAAGGAGGAACUGGACGUCAUCGAUCUGACUGAGCCACGUCCAGUACAUGGCUUAGCAGCGAAGGAGGAAGAUCUAGAUGGGGAAGUACACGCAGAGGACUCUGACUCGAGUGAUGAGGGAGAUGCACCAGAAGCCCAAGUGAGCGAAUGUGCACACUUUCUCCAGUUCAUCAGGUUCCACGCUGACCACCACGCCCCGCGCAAAUAAACGAUGCAGCUCGACUUUGAGCACGAAGGGGAAGACGCGGAUCAGGAUCUGGAGCAGUACAUUCAAACCGGCCAGAUGCCGCAAGUCAAAGCCGAGACAAAAGCUGAGCCUUCGGCAAGCGUGUCGACACCCAUUGAGGCGCUAGAGAAGGAGCAUGGUCAAGAAGACGUCAAAGACGCGCAGUGGAAAUCGCAUAACCAGGUGAGAGUCGUGCUCAUGAUGGAUGCCCCCACCUUUCAUCCUGACGUUGGGCAACGCUUUGAUCAUGCAACCAAAGUUGGUCGUCUUCCGAAAAGUGAGUCCCGUAGUCUGGACCUCGCGGUGGCCCAUGUCAAAAGCGAUCGCGCCUGACUUCACGCUCUCCUUUCUUUUUUUACUUUCAUCAGAAUGCCGAGUCUAUAGCCGAACAGUACAUCAAGACGCACAAGGUAAAGCUCGGCAUGGCGCGAAAAUUCAAAGAUCGAAAGUGAGCGAUAUCUGGCAGCACAUUCUGGAUCUGUCCCCCCCACGCUGACAGCCUUGUGAUGUCGUGUUAGACGCGACAAGAACGCUUAUCACAAAGGCAAGAAGGACUCGAAGGUGAGUGGAGGGCGGGGAGAUGGACCAAAUUCAAUAGUCAUCGCUGUUCUUGUGUUCACCUUCACCACGCUCUCCUGAACCUGCGCUGACCUGACCGUCCCUCUGGUCUGUGCCACAACGCAGAACAUGGAUGUCAAAAGGCGCAGGUUGGAAUGA